AUGCCGCCUGAGAAAGAAAACUGGUUCGUGAAGAACUACGGCACUGCGUUCAAUUUCUUGGAGGAAUUGUCAGACUACGGCCACUGGGACAAGACCAUCAUCGACCGUACACAGCGGUUGAAGGCUCUCAAGCAACGGACUCGGGUCAAUGUCGAGCAGACGAAGAAGACCAUCGACCAGCACAGCAUAUGGCUAUUCGAAGCGAAAAGGCAGGGCCGGGUGGAGGAUGUCCUAAGGAUUGCAGAUGACGUGCAGAAGUGGCUCAAAGAUUUCAAAUGGGAUGUAGACAAGGCAUGCAUUCAGGGACUGGAACAAAAAUUGAAGACGGCCAACGAGGAUCUCGUCCAACAAAGGACUGAAGCCAAGAACGAACUAGAGACGUUCAAGCAGACGGCUGGCAGGCGGGUUGGAGGACUGGAACAGAAAGCUCAAGAAGAAGCCAAGAGCAAAACUCAGGAAAUCGAGGAGCUUAAACGCAAGAGCGACAUUGAUGGACGACCUGGGUAUUGUGGUUGCUGGUCCAGGGCCGUUGCCAAUGGCACGGUCAAUUGA